AUGCAUGUGCAAGGAAAAUCUAUUGUUGAAAAACUAAAGCUUUCAUGUCUGUUGGAGGGCGUUGUUGAAGAUGAUUUUCAUGAAUUACCUUCGAUUAAGAUGCAUGAUGUGAUCAGAGAUAUGGCAUUAUGGUUAUUCCGUGAUCAAGAUGUAAAUAAAGACAAAGUCAUUGUUGAGGGAGAAACAUUAGCAACAGAAUCAGAAAUGAAUUUUGAAAGAUUAAAUGCUGUAGAGAGGAUUUCAAUUAUAAAUGCUGGAGAAAGUUGGCGAGUGCCAUUGUGUCCAAAUCUCAUCACUUUAUGUAUAAGGAAAAACAUUAAUCCGUAUUCAACUCUCCAAUUUAUGUCAAAAUUGAAAGUCUUGGAUCUGUCAAGAAUCGGAAUUGAGCAUCUUCCCUCGGAAAUUGGCAAGUUAAUCAACUUGGAAUUCCUUAAUCUGUCAAUGACAAGUAUACAAAAAAGGUUUCCAACUGAUCUGAAGAAUUUGGAAAAUUUAAGGGUCUUGCUCAUGGAAAAGGUUGGAUUUGAUCUUCAAAUAAUUCCUUUGGAAGUGAUAGAAAGUUUGCUGCGAUUGAGAGUGUUUAGAAUUGUAAAUAUAUGGAAACUUGAAAAUUUCAAGGGAGAGAAAACAUUCUUAGAGAAGUUGGAGUCCGGACCGAAGUUGGAGGAACUGUGGAUUGAGUUAUCAACCUUAGCUGGCAUGCAUAAACUACUUCACUCCAGCAAAUUGCGGGAUUGCUCAACAUGUUGUUAUCUUAAUGGAAGCAAGGACCAACUUGAAAUGGCGUCGAUAUUAGAAUCUUUGUCGACAAUGAACAAUCAAACUGUGAUUCAAUUGAAGAAGUGGUGA